AGCGGAGCCGCCCGCCCGGCCGGACGGGCCGGCCUUCCCCUCGGCUGGGCCGGGGCCGGGCAGGGGGGCUGCGGUCUUCCGGGGAUGGGGUCAGCGUGAGGUCGGCUUUCUCGAGGAAAAAGGGUUUUGAGGAAGGUUCUCUGCAAAACUCUGUGCCUUUCCAGGCUGCCCCGGCGUCAGCAGCUCAAUGACGCCCGGAAAGAAGUUACAGGGCCUUGUAGCAGCUACACUCACUCCAAUGACUCCUGAUGGACAAAUUAACCUUUCAGUGAUUCGUCAAUAUGUGGAUUAUCUGGUAAGCGCGCAGAACGUGAAGAGUGUUUUUGUGAAUGGCACAACAGGAGAAGGACUGUCCCUUAACACCCAGGAGAGGAAGCAGUUGGCGGAAGAAUGGGUGUGCCAAGGAAAAGACAAAUUGGAUCAUGUGAUCAUUCAUGUGGGAGCGCUAAGUCUGCCAGAGUCCCAGGAGCUGGCAAGACACGCAGCAGCCAUAGGUGCUAGUGGUAUUGCUGUAAUAGCCCCCUUCUUCUUCAAACCCACAAACAAAGAUGAGCUGAUUGCUUUCUUACAGAAGGUUGCGUCUGAAGCCCCUGCGGUGCCAUUUUAUUACUAUCACAUUCCUCCUCUGACGGGCGUGAAGAUUCGUGUUGAAGAGUUGCUGGAUGGAAUAAAAGAGUGGAUCCCCACCUUCCAGGGUGUGAAGUUCAGCGACACGGACCUCUUGGACCUUGCACAGUGUAUAAACAAGAACGAGAGAGAACAGUUUGCGUUUCUUUAUGGGGUGGAUGAGCAACUGUUGAGCGCACUGGCAAUAGGGGCAAAUGGAGCAGUUGGAAGUACUUACAACUAUUUGGGCCGAAAAACCAAUCUGAUGUUGCAAGCCUUUGCAAAGUCAGACCUUGCACUAGCACGGAAGUAUCAGUUUCUCACUGGGGAAUUUCUCAGCUUUGUCAUCAAACUGGGUUUUGGUGUUGCACAGACUAAAGCUAUAAUGACUUUUGUUUCUGGCAUUCCCAUGGGACCUCCACGGCUUCCACUUGUUGGCGCCUCUGAGGAAUUCAUCGCCAAGGCCAAAGCCAAGCUGAAUAGCAUUGUGUGGCCUGAUGGCGACUGAUGUUCACUUCCACGUUACUCUGGAAGUGGAGACACUUUUCUGGGAUUCAUUGUCACUUGGCACACUCCCCACAUGAUGGGCUGUGAUUUCUUUCAGGGAAUUGGCGAUGCAUCUGAGCCCCUUCCUGUUAGGGCUGGAUUUCUUGGUGGCACAUGUAGCCACCUUUUCUUGUAACUUUACUCUGCUCCCCCGGAGCUCUGCACAUCCCAGGACUAGCUGGUAUCUCUUAAUAAAAAAUUAAAAAAGAAAAUUUUCCCUAGUUGAAGGAUCCUGACUCCUUUUGUCCAGAAAGGAGGAAGAUCUGUCUCUGCUCUCCCUCCAGCUAGAUCAUGUUUUGUCCUGUCCCUUUUUAACUAUCUGCAGCACUACAGUGUGUUUUUAAACACGGACAUGACACUGCCUGGUUGCUCAGACUGGUAUUUUACUGUUUGUCACAAAGCCAUUGGGACACUGACUAUAUAUGUAAAAUCUAGUUCUGUAUUUGUACACCUUUGUUUAAUGCAAAAUUUAAAAAAAAAAACCCGAACUUUUGCAACAGAAAGCUUUUGGCUCUCUAAUGAGCAGGUAUUUCUUCAUCUUUUUCCAUAUGACAAAAGUAAGCCAGAGUUGAGCUGUACAUCUCUGUGUUGCAAUGCAGAAUACUGCCUGAUGUGUUAGAAGGUCACCCACUGUCAGACUGGAAGGUGCUCUUUUGUACCCUGGACUUACACCUCUCCAUCAGCUUGAGCUCUUGUGUGACUGUUACACGUGUCUGAGAAAUGUGAGGUCUCGUGCCCUGUACUGCUCAGCCCACACCUCCUGACAGUGUUUCCACAUGCAAAAAUGAUCCCAUGGGAUGUUUGGAAGCAGAAAAGAGAGAGAGGGAUACAUACUGAGGCGUGUCACUAACUUUUCAUCACACCUGAGCAUGAAAAAAAAUCUACUAACUUCCUCUUGCUAUGUAACCACUGAGCAAUAAAUAGGUGAUAAUAAAG